UUGUUUACUAUCAUAGUCCAAUUUGUUAGCUCAAACCAAACUAAACUAACCACUCUACUGCAAGAUGUUCAAGAAGUUGGCUAUUGUUGUCCUUUGCGUUGUGCUCGCUUGCAGCUUGGUGAAUGCUAAGCCCGAUGUCCUUGCUGCCCCGGUUGUCACUGCAACUAGCUCUCAGUACGUGGCACGCAACUUCAAUGGUAUUGCCGCUGCUCCUAUUGUAGCUCCCGUUACUGCCGCAUAUACGGCUCCAGUUGCUGCUGCUUACACGGCCCCAGUUGCCGCUGCCUACACUGCCCCUGUUGCCGCUGCCUACUCUGCCUAUCCCUAUGCCUCUUAUCCAUAUGCCGCAACCUACUCUACUGUUUUUUAAAUUAACAAAAGGACUUUCAAUGAAUAAAUAUAACUUGA